UUCGGCUCUUCACUGUCGUUUCUGCUGUGGCAGCGGAGACGUUUUCUCCAAGAAGAGACCAGAAUCAGAGCUUUUACUCGUGAAAAGGUGAGACUUUAAGCUCAGGAAGGAGGUCAGCCUGCUGGGAGUAAAUCCCACAGCUGGAGAAAGGUGGGUGGAGUUUCAGCUCUUCAGAAGCUUCAGCUUCUGCCUUCAGGUGUUCCUGGUUUAUCUGCCGUGGAAAUGGAGGAGUCCGGCUCUGCUGGUGAAGGAGGGGUUAAGAAUGAUUCUAAGGUCCUGCCUAAGAAAAUCUGGACUUUUUUCACCACUUUUCUGAGUCUGAACUUGUUUGUCCUGGACAUUGGUCUGGACAUCUGGGCUGCAGUGAAGUUAUUCGAGGAGGGGUCCUACUGGAGCCUCAGUGUUCUGCUGGUGCUGCUCAUCGGCUCGGCGGUGCUCACACACAUCUACAGCUGGCUCUGGUACACCUAUGAUGAGUUUGAAAUUUUAACCUACCUGGAAGAAACCCUGCGUUCCUACCUCAGAGGUUUCCACUUCUUCCUGUUUGGAAUCCAUGUCAGGCAUGCAGCCAUUGUGACGGCUUCAGUGCAGAACUUCUACCAUAAAUCCAGUGGGUUGGAAAGCGUCAUCAGAUACCGGAAACAGGACCUGCGGAUUCUGCGGAUCUUUGAGUCCUACUCAGAAAGCGCUCCUCAGGUCGUCCUCAUGCUCACCUUGGCUCUGAGGCAGGAACGCUGGAUCCCAAAGCUCCUCACAGCGCUGAAGACGCUCGUCUCAUUGGCGAGCAUCGCUUUGUCUGAGCUCAGAUACUACCACUCACUGACGUCCUACAUCCCCAAGGACACCGAGGACACGUGCUGCUUUUGUUUUGUGAAAGGGUUCCAGUAUUUCUUCUACUUCAUGUGGAAGUUGCUCCUUGUUUCCUGCCGCCUUGUCGCCCUCGCCCUCUUUGCCUCAGUGGAGCCCUGCUUCAUCUUCACCCACUUCCUCUGCUUCUGGCUGGUCCUCUUCUACUUUGCUUCCUACUCAGAGACCCAUUUCAUGAAGUCCCCGAGAGGAAAGUGGCUUUUCCGAAGCACCUUGGGCCUCAUCUGGUACUUCAGCUGGUUCAGUGGUGUGGUGAAGGGGAAGACGACCAAACGGAUGCUGUUCUACCACUUCUUCAUGCUACUGGACGUCUGUGCCCUCUGUGGAAUGUGGUACUGGAGAAUGAGCUUAGAUCCUCCCAGCAUUGAGAUCUCCUGUGUGAAGGUUGCCGUCACAGCUGCAGUUAUUCCAGCUUGUUAUGUCUGUGGGUUGUUGUUGAAAGCUUAUUAUUUUCUUGCCCUUCAUCCAAAAUGUGAUCUGAACUCAGAGUCCGAUGAGGUUGAAGGCAAUACGACAGGAACGCAGACUGGGAACAAGGGGAAAUCAAACUUUAAGGAAAAGCAAAAGUAUCUUAGGUAUCUGCUCACAGGUGAUGAGAAGUAUGCAGACUGUCUUAAACUGGAUGACGGGGAAUCAUCGCAAAAACAAGUCGAGAACUUGAGAAUGAAGGAGCUGGCCCAAAGCUUUUACACAUAACUUACGGCAGAGACUGCUGACGGUAGCAAUCGGCCUCCUGGUGCUGCGUUCAAUGGCU